CUCCUACGACCCACCUUCUACCACCGGCCAGAACCACAACCCCCCAACGAUGCCGCUCGGCUUCGAGCGUCUCAACGAACGCACCACCCGCCCCAACCCACUCAUAAACUUCAUAAAGCCACUGCCCGGCCCAUCCUCCACAACCGCACACUCCAUCCUCUCGCGCAUCGCGGCGCAAUGCGUGCCCGUCAUGCGAACGCACCACAUCGCCGUCAUGGCCCUCGAGGAAUACCCCCCUAAUCCCGAAUUCGUGGGGCGCAACUUCAACGCCGGGGAGGUCAUACAGCUGGUUCUGAAGGACAGGGCUGGGCGGUGGCUGCCGUUCAGACAUGUGCAGAUGGUCAUGAUGCAUGAGCUGGCGCAUUGCAAGGAGAUGAAUCAUAGCAAGGCGUUCUGGAAGGUGCGCGAUGCGUAUGCGGGCGAGAUGAGGGCGCUGUGGGAGAGGAGGUAUACCGGGGAGGGACUGUGGGGUGUGGGCAGGGAUUUGAAUGGGGAGGUGAGCGAGAGGGAUGGCGGGGUGGAGUUGGAUGUGCCGGAGAACUUGUGUGGGGGUACGUUCAGGACGAGGCGGAGGAAGAGAAGGAGAGGUGGGAAGGGGGGUGGGAAGGAGGGCGAGUUGACCUAUGCGGAGAAGAAGCAGAGGAGGAUACUAAGGAAGUUUGGCGCUGGUGGGGUGGCCCUAGGCGCGGACGAUAUUAAGAAAGAGGAGCUUCAAGGUGGGAAGAUGGUCAAGGGGAAACCGAGAGUUGCGGGCAGUGCGAGGGGACGAGAGCUUAGGGCUGCGGCUGCGUUGGCGAGAUUCGACCAGGUCAAGAAAGAAGAAGUCCAUGUCAAAAAGGAGGAGUCCGAGACAGAAUCCGACUCAGACUACGGUGAUGUCGAAGAAAUGGAGGAUACGGCUCUUGACCUGGACGGCAAGCAGAUGACGGAUUCCAACGGCCACGGCAUGGUGAAGAUCUGCGAAGACGAAGACGAGCAAGACGACAACGCGAAAAGAGAAAUGGCUGAACUGUAUGCUGCCAACGGUCAACUUGCCAUGAGAAAGCGACAAAACCAAGCUCCAAACUCACCCAGUAAUCAAGCUCAGCCUAAAAGCAGACCAGCAGCAACAAAAGCCACCAAGAAGCCCCCUGAAUCGAAGCCAAAGUCUGAACCUCGAACCGAAACACGAAAACCUACUGUACCCACCAAAUCCAAGCCUUCAAAACCAAACACCACCGCGAACCCUGAGCCCACCCAUCGAUCUACACGCGAAUGCCCAACCUGCUCCCUCCUCAACGACCCCGGCUCCCUGACAUGUCUAGCGUGCGCCAACGUCCUCGACACAAGACUCCUCCCCAUCCACUGGCGCUGUCAAUCCCUACAGUGCCGCGGCGGCGCAUACAUCAACUCCGGGGAUACCGGCAUGUGCGGUAUCUGCGGAGCUGCAAAACCUCCUUGAACGCCAUCUCGGUUGUACUAGUGGACCUGCCACAUCAAUUACCAUAACUCUCAUCAUAUGUCUUGGUAUUCAACAUCCGCAGAAGAUGUUCGAGACGUCGUAACUCGUACGCAUGGAUUCGCACCAUUUAUGUGUGCGUACGAGGAUAUCCGUCAAGUAAACUCCUCAUUACGAGUACCACUGUGUCCGAAGCUUGCUUGCUGCUCUUAGUAGUAUAAGCCGACUGUCGGGCCAACUCCAGUCCAUCCAACUAUACCAAUGGCUGUAAGCAGUCUCAGCGCCCAAUGCAUGUGUUGGCAUAUAAGGCACCGUCAUUCGCGCAAGCAAGGGAUGUUUUUGUGGUAGAUAAGUACAUGUAGUAUCGGUCCUCCUGAGAGAUAUACAUAUAUCCAUACAUAUACACAUAAAUAUAAUGAUUUUACC